CCAAGCCUGGUCAUACUUGAGUUAAUAUUUACAAAAUACUUUGUUAUAUUCUUAAUAUUAAAAAUAAUAUUUUGUUUACAUAAAAAAAUGGUGAAAAAAUAAAAUCUGUAAAAAAAAAAAGAUUAAGUACAAAAUUUUAACAUCAGAAUAUAUAAUGUAUUUGUUUUCAAUUAUAUAUACGUGUGUGUCCAUGAUAUCAUCAUUUAUCACUAUAUUGAUAUUAUCUUGCCAGAUUGCCCAGCUCUACUACCACACGCACGCACACACACACACACACACACACACACACACACACAUACAUACACAUGCACAAGCACGCACACACACACACACACACACACACACACACACACACACACAUACACAUGCACACACGCACACGCACACAUACAUACACACACAUACAUACACAUGCACACACGCACACAUACAUACUCACCCACACACGCACAUACAUACAUACACACACACACGCACAUACACAUGCACACGCACACAUACACACACACACAUACAUACACGCACACACCCACAUGCACGCACGCACACAUACAUACACACACACACACACACACACACACACACACACACACACACAUCAGGGACAUCCGCAGUACUUAUGCGUACACUCUGGAUGACAGUGAGGCUUAUAUGUUUAGAGCUCUUCCUCUGUUCUCAGGAUGUUCUGAAGAACAUUUUGGACUUGGACGAGUCUGUGACCCGAAGUGAAGAUUUUGUGCAGCGUGUCAGUGGAGGGAAGCUGUUUCCUGGCUCUGCUCCUCUCGCUCACAGAUACGGAGGCCAUCAGUUUGGUUACUGGGCGGGGCAGCUGGGAGACGGGCGGGCACAUUUACUAGGCGAAUACACAAACAGAAAGGGUGAGAGAUGGGAGCUUCAGCUCAAAGGCUCUGGGAAAACGCCAUACUCAAGGUCUGGAGAUGGGCGUGCGGUUCUGAGAUCAUCUGUUCGUGAGUUCUUGUGUAGUGAGGCCAUGCACUUCCUCUCCGUCCCCACCAGCAGAGCUCUCAGCCUAGCGCUGAGUGAGGAGGCUGUGUGGAGAGAUCAGUUUUAUAACGGCAGUGUGAGGAGAGAGAGAGGAGCUGUUGUCCUUCGUCUAGCACCGUCAUGGUUCCGAAUCGGCUCUCUGGAGAUUUUAGCCAGAACCGGAGAGCUGGAUAUUCUGAGGACAUUGUUAAAUUUUGUAAUAGAGGAGCAUUUUACAGCCAUCGAACCCAACGAUCCGAACAAAUAUGUGAGGUUUUUCUCAGUGGUGGUGAAUGAAACUGCGCACAUGAUCGCUAAGUGGAUGUCUGUCGGCUUCGCUCACGGUGUGUGUAACACGGACAACUUCAGCCUUUUAUCCAUCACUAUAGAUUACGGUCCGUUUGGAUUUAUGGAGUCGUAUAACCCGAAUUUUGUGCCGAACUCGUCUGACGACGAGGGCAGGUACGGUAUCGGAGAACAGGCUAACGUAGGCCUGUUUAAUCUCCAGAAGCUUCUCGAGGCUCUUCACCCGGUGCUGUCUCCACAUCAGAGAGCACAGUGUGUCCUGUUAUAUUGAUUGAUGUGAGCCACAAAAGUUCUGGAACCAAGAUGAAUCUCUACCAAAGUGAUGGAAAGGCUACGGAUCUGCUCAUGAUCCAAAAUAUACAAGCUCAUCUGUGAAACAUGGUGGAGGUAGUGUCACGGCUUGGGGUUGCAUGGCUGCUUCUGGAACAUUCUCACUAAUCUUUACUGAUGAUGGAACUCAUGAUGGUAGCAGCAGGAUGAAUUCAGAAGUUUACAGGAACGUUUUGUCUGAUCAUUUACAGAGAAAUGGAUCCAGUCUAAUCAGGAGGAACUUCAUCAUGCAGCAAGAUAAUGAUCUAAAACACAGUGCCAACUCAACAAAGGACUUUAUCAAGGGGGAAAAGUGGAAGGUUUUAGACUGACCAAGUCAAUCCCCAGACCUUAACCCGACUGAGCAGCAUUUCACCUCCUGAAGAGGAGACUGAAACGAGAAACCCACCGAAACAACCAACAACUGAAAGAAUCUGCAGUAAAAGAAAGCCGCCUCAUCCUGCGAGUACCGAAUUGAGUUCUCUUUAGCGGCUUAUUAUGCUUAGACGGUCAAAUAAACACACGCAUCAUGUCAAAUUGCAGGUCUGGCCGAGUAUUCAUGCAAACACAGUCGGUUACGUCUUAAGUGAAGGUAAACAGCUGGGUGGGGGGAAAUCGGAGGUGUGUCAAUACAGUUUACUGGAUCUGUAGGUGCAUGUCUUAAUAAAGUGACAGCAUUCUAAUAAACCUGCUUCUGUCCGUGGCAUUAAUGUCCAUCAAAAAAAUAAAGAGAAAAUCACUCACUCACUCACUCACUCAUUUAACUGAAGUAAAUGUAAUAAAAAUCACUGUAUGUGUCGUACAGUGAAGUCUAUUUUAUUUUACAUUUAAUUACUUUAUUCAAUUUCCGUCGUAUUUCUUACUCGAACUCCUGAAAGACCUGCCUGAGAAAACGUAUCCUUACCGUGAAAUAAGAUUGUAGUCAUAUCGCCCGCUAAACAUUAGCGUCUGGUGAUUCCAGUCUUGAGUUUCGCGUAAAAUGUGAAAUGUACUUCUUAAUGUAGUAAACAUCAUAAACCCUGCUGAUAGGGAUUAAAAUGGAAAACAAAAAACAGAGCUGUGUUCAGAAAUGAGUUUGUUGUGAUUGAUGGACAGAUUAAAAGCAGUGAUAAAGCAUGAAGUUUGGUGUUAUGAGCUGCUGCUGAAUGUAAGUCUACUCUGUACUCUCUCUCUCUCUCUCUCUCUCUCU